CGGAAGCCGACCUUAGCGACCCGGACGUUGUUUAGGGUUGCACCGUGCAUCGUGUGCAAUGGUUGAAACUGUCCGGGUUCGUCACUGGGAGAGGUGAGAGUGGACGGAUAUUUUCUGGAUUAAAACUUCAUUCUACCGGUGUAAGCAGCUGCUGAUUCAGCAGGAAGUCAUGGCUCACAUCACUAUCAACCAGUACCUGCAGCAGGUGUACGAGGCCAUUGACAACCACGAGGGUUCCUUCUGCGCCGAGCUUCUCUCCUUCAAACACCCUCAUGUCGCCAACCCACGGCUCCAGCUGGCCAGCCCGGAAGACAAGUGUCAGCAGGUUCUGGAGCCACCGUACGAUGAAAUGGUUGCAGCUCAUCUCAGGUGUACGUAUGCGGUGGCCAACCACGACUUUGUUGAAGCCUAUAAGUUCCAGACGAUUGUUGUUCAAUCUUUCCUGAGGGCCUUCCAGUCCCAUAAAGAGGAGAACUGGGCUCUGCCCGUGAUGUUCGCUGUCACUCUGGAUCUCAGGAUCUUCGCCAACAGCGCGGAGCAGCAGCUGCAGAAGAAGGGUAAAGGUCAACCUGGUGAGAUGUUGGAGAAAGCAGCAGAGCAGCUGAUGAGCUGCUUCAGAGUGUGUGCCAGCGACAAUCGUGCCGGGAUCGAGGACUCUAAGAAGUGGGGGAUGAUGUUUCUGAGCAACCAACUCUUCAAGAUCUACUUCAAGAUCAAUAAGCUGCACCUGUGUAAGCCUCUGAUCAGAGCCAUCGACAGCUCCAACCUGAAGAACGACUACAGUCCGGCUCAGAAAGUCACCUACAAAUACUACGUGGGCCGCAAAGCCAUGUUCGACAGCGACUUCAAACCAGCGGAGGAGUUUCUGUCGUACGCCUUCCACCACUGCCAUCGUUCCAGUCAGAAGAACAAGCGGAUGAUUCUCAUCUACCUGCUGCCUGUCAAGAUGCUGCUGGGUCACAUGCCGACUCAUCAGCUCCUGAGGAAAUACGACCUGAUGCAGUUCGCCGACGUCACCAAAGCUGUGAGCGAGGGGAACCUGCUGCUGCUGAACGAAGCUCUGUCCAAACACGAGACCUUCUUCAUCCGCUGUGGGAUCUUCCUCAUCCUGGAGAAGCUCAAGAUCAUCACCUACAGGAACCUCUUCAAGAAAGUGUAUCUGCUGCUGAGGACUCACCAGCUGCCUCUGGACGCCUUCCUGGUGGCUCUGAGGAUGAUGCAGGUGGAGGACGUGGACAUCGACGAGGUCCAGUGCAUCCUGGCCAACCUGAUCUACAUGGGUCAUAUCAAAGGUUACAUCUCCCAUCAGCACCAGAAGCUCGUAGUCAGUAAACAGAAUCCAUUCCCUCCUCUCUCCUCGGUCUCCUAGACUACGUUACCCACAACCCCCCCUGGCUGUGACGCUCCGCAGCGCCUCCUGAAAACUUUUCCAUUCAGUCAAUUAUUUUUCUUAUUUUGCACCGUAAAAAAAUGUUGAAUAAAACAGAUGCUGGUUUGUACAGCGUGUAUCCGAUUGAUUAUUGAACCAACGAUGUUUGUUGAUGUUUGACUAAAGAAAAACCUGAUUCGGUCGCCACACUCUGCGUUUCCCCCGGAGAUUGUGGACUGUUCAUUCGACUCGAGCCUCAACGAAUUUACUCCGCG